AAUAAGAAGAGAAAACAAGUCAACAAAAGAGGAAAAAAAGAGAGAAAUUUUAUACGAUUUCUGCGCCCUCUUCUUCGCUGUCUUCGCUACUCUCCCCCAGCGAGCCCCAAUACGACCAACCCUCUCGCCGCUCGCCGCGGGCCAUGUACAAGCUCGGCGGCCGUGGCGGUGGGCGCGGCGGCGGCGGCGCGGCAAAGCGCCCGCCGCCCCCCCACGGCCGCGGCCGGGGCGGCGCCUCCUCCAUCGGCGGCAUGGGCGCGCCUCCCCGCGGUCGCGCCGCCGUCUCGCAGCCUGCUGGGCGCGAUGAGUCUUUCCGCCUGGAGUCCAGCGGCCCGCCCGCCUUCGCGGCAAUAAUACGGCUGACCCCCGACCUCGUCGACGAGAUCCGGCGGGCGGAGGAGGCCGGUGGCGGCGCCCGCAUCAAGUUCAACCCUAACAUGUACAACUCGUCGGAGAACGUUAUAGAUGUUAGUGGUAAAGAAUUCAAAUUUACGUGGGCAUCUGAGCGUGGCGAAUUGUGUGAUAUUUAUGAAGAACGUCAGAGUGGAGAUGAUGGAAAUGGGUUGCUUCUGGAGUGUGGCUCUGCCUGGCGCAAGGUGAAUGUGCAACGCAUUUUGGAUGAAUCAGCAAAGAACCUUGUGAAAAUGCGAUCAGAGGAGGCUGAACGUCUCUCAAAAUCUCGAAAAUCAAUCGUGCUGGACCCUGCUAAUCCAUCUGUCAAGAGACAGGCCAAAUCAAUGGCUGCUGCAGCUGUAGAAGGCAAUAUGCGGAGGAUGCACUGGAAGCAGAAAGAAUUUUUUAAGAAGAAUCAAGCUGCUGUUAUCGCCCCAACCAAAUCAGUUUCCAAAGUGAAGUUAUCUAAAAGUAUCCCCAAAGGAAAUUUCUCAUCAUCACCUGCACCUUCUCCUGAACAACCUGGAACAAGCAUUCCUUCAUUUCCUGUUGGAUCAGAUGCAAAUAAUGAAGUCAUAACACCUUUUGAUUUGAAUAAAGAGGAAAACAGUAAAACUGAGAAAUCAACACCAAGUAAGAUGCCUAAAGGAAUAAAUCGCCGAGCAAGUGCUCCUUCAGCAAGUGUUGAUGAUAAUACAAAUGAAGUGCGAAGCCUCUUGAUAUCCGUACUCUCAGAAAAUCCAAAAGGAAUGGGCCUAAAGGCCUUGGAGAAUGCUGUUGCAGAUGCAUUUCCUAAUGCAUCGAAGAAAAUAGAGAGUGUCAUCGAGAAUAUUGCGAAUUACCAAGCAUCAGGGAAGUAUGUGCUCAAACCAGGAUUGGAGGUAGAAAGCUCCAGAAGGCAUACAUCUGAAGGAGGAAGAUCCAUCAAUGAGAACAUUGAGGAAGCUGCUCCAAGCUUAAAGAUUGAUGAUCCUGAUAUAUUUGGGAGGAUUGACAUUGUGGGCUCCCAAGUUGCUGCCGCAGGAGAUGGAAAGGUUAAUAAUGACAGUGAAGGUAAGGCGGGAACUUCUAGUGAGAGUGGAAGUGAUAGCGAUAGCGAUAGUGACAGCAGUGACAGUGGAAGUGAUAGUGGGAGCCAAAGCAAAAGUGCUGCAGAAAGUGGCAGCGGGAGCAGCAGUGACAGUGAUAGUGAUGCUUCAUCGAGCAGCAAGGAAGGAUCUGACACAUUUGUGGAAAUUACAAGUGAUGAUGGCAAAGCAAAUACAGCACAAACAAAAGUAGCAGAUGACCUUAAUUUGUCUUCAUCACCAAGAGAUUUGACAAGACUUGAUGUCGAUGAUGAGCAAAUUGACAUAGGAACAAAUCUGGACUAUAGGAGUACAUCACCGCAUAUCGAUCUAAAUAAUUUUAACACCGUUAAUGAUGAUGCAGCAGCCGAGGGCUUUGGUGCCAGCAACCUGAACAAGCCAUUAGAAAUUCCAGGAAGCAAGAACACGACGAGCACCAGAAUGGACCCUAUCGGAGUUGAUAGCAAAUAUAAUGAAAUAUCUUAUCUGGAUAACCCUUUUGAUGACUCCUUGACAACAAUCAGUGAGAACUUACCCAAGGAAGAAGCCGGUCAAUUCACAAAGCAGCAUGGCAGCAGGAGAAAGUCAGCAUCAAAGGAUGGAUCAAACCAUGGCCCAAUGAGUAUCGCCGACAAAAGUGCCCAACCCAAAUUGAAAAGGUCUUCUGGUAAUGAGAACUCCACAACAAAGCCUGAAAUUGCCAAAAAGGCCAAAGUUGAUAUAGCAUCGCCAGGUGCUACAGGUUCUUUCUCAGAGCACAAAGAAAGCCUACCUCCUGAAAAACAUACCAAUGAUAGGUUGAACAAGGAGACAGGGAGUGUUAGCCGGGAUGCUUCACGAGAUAGCAAUCCUGCCAUGAAGGGAAGACCUUCGGUUUCUGGAAAUUUGCAAAAGAUAGAUGAGAGCCCAAAUGUACCUAUCCCAACAAUGCACUCUAAGAGAACGAAAGAAAACAUUGAGAAAACAAAUUCGAAGAAAAAGGCAGAUAAGAUGCAGAAACCAUGGCAUGGUAUGGAUGGUGACUUUGGAACAGGUUAUUCACAUGGUGAAGGCCACCAUGUCAAUUUUGACGGCUCUGAUGAUUCUGCCACAAGAAAAAGGAGUAGACACGGGGAUCCUCUUAUUGAUGAUAAAAUGCUCAUGCAGUUGAAGGAUGCUAAUGUUAAUGUAAAUUCCAUGACCAAAACUUCCAGAGGAAAUGCUGGGCCUGAUGAGAUCACUGCUUUUCCUGAAUCCAAUGAAAGUAAUGGCGAGCCAUCAAAUUCACAAAGGGAUAACAUUGAGAGAUCACCUCAUGGUAAGAAAAAGCUCCAAAGAGACCUUUCAGACCUUGAGUUGGGUGAACUUCCUGUGACUUCUUUGGAAAAUGACAAUGGGAGGACAAGGAAGAAAUUUGAGAGAAAUAGUUAUUCCAAGUCGCUUGAUGGUAAAUUAACCAAUGUAAAUAACUCCUACCCCAGUAUGAAUAACAGGAAGGCUCCUCUAACUGUCUUUCAUGAUAAGAGGAAACCAUCACCUCAAGAAUAUGGUAUUGGAGGCCAUAUAAACCAGGAAGGUUUUCCCAGGAAGGCAGCAGGAUAUGAUUUUGAUGAUAGUAGGCCUCAACAAAGAGGAAAUGUUCCAGAGAAUCAGCAUUUGUCAAGGGUUGAUUAUUCGGAUUCUGAGAACAUAUUAUAUCCAGAUAGGUCAGGGGAAAAAACAGGCAAAAGGAAAACAAGGAUGGCACAUGGUGGAAUGCUAGAGUAUCCAGAUAUGAAGAAGAAGAAAACAACCUCAAGGCUUCCACAGAAUGGUAGUAAUAAUGUCAUAGUGUCUCGAACACAGAAAUCAAUUUCCCCAUCAGAUAAUGAGGAAAGUAGUAGGAAUGCUUUGAUUGAAAUUGAGACAGGUAGGAAGAGAAGGGACAGUUUUCAAGAUGAAGAUAAUUUAUUUUUCUCCAAGUAUGAUAAAGAUGAGCCAGAACUGAAAGGUCCAAUAAAAGAUUUUUCACAAUACAAAGAUUAUGUGCAGGAGUACAAUGAGAAAUAUGAGGUUUACUCUUACUUGAAUAGUCAGAUGGAGAAAACUCAGUCUGAAUUCUUAAGGGUUGAGGAGGAUCUCAAUGUUGCUAAAGAAAGAGAUAAAGACCAAUACUAUAACAUUCUAGAAAGACUCAGAGACAUGUACCAUCAAUCAGGAGCAAGGCAUAAAUUGAUGAAGAAGGUCUUUGUAUUGCUUCAUGAGGAGUUGCAGACUAUCAAACAAAGAAUUAAAGACUUUGCAGAGGCCUAUUCAAAUGAGUAACUGCUUUAUUCUCAUAAUACGCGAGUUCAGUUCCAAUUAAUAAUUUCCUUGAAGCACAUCGGAACAACGGUCAGCUGACAGUGAAGUGUGCAUUAUUGAUUGGUGGUAAUUAUGCAGUGCAUUUGCAACUGCGUUUCGGAGACCGUCACUCAUCGUCGAGUCUGAAAAUGUCAGGACAAUGGCAUUAGGCUUGCCUUUGUAGCAGCUUGCUUGGCUUGGCCAUUCAGCCAAAGGCACUUAUCAGUGGCAGGAAUCCUUAGAGUUCUGAUUUUCGGGAUCGUUGUGCUGAGUUUCAUAGCCAUCAUGGCAGAAGUGGAGGCCAAGGCAGUUUGAAUAUCAAUGAUCAACACCUCUACAUGAUACGAGACCCCUGAGCAAAUGAAACAUAACUUAUGAAACUGGAGGCAUUGUCUAAGGUGGCAUUACAACAGCAGUUUUGCAGCUAGUUUGGCACUGUGACCUGGCGGUUCUUUGUAGAUGUUUUUUUUUUUACCCCUGCGAAAAGGGCGAGAUCUCUCCUCUCCUGGCGUUGUACAUUGCUUUUGUAUUAGUGUGAUCCAUGUCAAAACUGAGGUAAAUUGCUUACUUUGUACAUGUUUGUAGACCGGAUAGAGAAAUUUUGGAGGCAGAGAAAAAGCUGAGGGAUAGUGUUCCUCGCGCAAUUAUUAA